GAUUUUUAUGAUUACCGUUGGAUAAAACUUUUUUGAGGUGAUGAAAUUCAUACUGUUAUUGAUAACUUUUGCUGGUGCAAAAGCCGAAGAAGAUAAUGGAAAUUGUAAAGAAAUAUUACAGGGUUAUUUGACAGGGCAACUGUCGUCUGCUUUAGGAGCAUAUCAAGUAGAAGCAUUGAGGAGGGAAUUCAAAAGUUUUACUGAGGGAAUGGAGAAAUCCAUGAAAGAGCUUGAACAAAACGUUGAGAAAAAGCUUAACAAUAUCAAAAACACAGCAAAUAGUAGUGUUGUUUACACAAGAUGGGGAAGGAAAAAUUGUCCAACAGGUGCAGAAUUGGUCCUUUCGGGGUAUGUUGGGGGAUCCCGUCAUACACAUUCUGGUGCAGCAGUGGAACCUCUUUGUUUACCAAGAAAACCAGAAUGGGGAAACUACAAGGAUGGUACUGACGGAUCAAAAGCUUACAUCUAUGGAGCUGAAUACGAGACAGGUGAUCUAAGUGGCAAGUGGCUCAAACUUCAUGAUCAUGACGUCCCGUGUGCUGUGUGUUUAGUUCGUAACAGAUCCGUAGUAAAGAUGUUUCCAGCUACAAAAGUGUGCAAAGACGGUUGGAAGUUUGAGUAUCAUGGUUACCUAAUGGCUGGUUACCAUGGUCACGCAGCUGGGACAACAUAUACUUGCAUCGAUAACGACCCAGAGAGUUUACAUGGAGGUGGUAACAUCAACAGCAACGGUUACCUGCUCUAUAUGGUGGAGGCAAGAUGUGGUUCAUUGAAGUGUCCACCGUAUGUUGAAGGAAGAGAGAUUAUCAUGAAAUUAAUACUGUUUCUGAUGAUCGUUGCUGCUGCACAAGCUGGGACAAAUACCGGACAGUGUAAAGAAAUGUUACAGGAUACAUCAAACAGUAGCGCUGUUUACACACGAUGGGGUAGUAAAAACUGCCCUGGCAGUGCAGACUUGGUUCUUUCAGGCUACGUUGGUGGAUCACUUUUUUCUCAUACGGGGGCAGCAGUUGAACCUCUUUGUUUACCCAGAAAUCCAGAAUGGGGAGACUACAGAGAUGAAACGGAUGGGGCAAAAGCUUAUAUUUACGGUGCAGAAUACCAAACGGGUGAUUCAGCUGGGAAGUUGAUUAAUCUUCAUGAUCACGACGUCCCUUGUGCCGUGUGUUUGGUUCGUAACAGAUCGGUGGUAAAGAUGUUUCCAGCUAGAAAAACAUGUGACAAGGGUUGGAAGCAUGAGUACCAUGGCUAUCUCAUGGCAGGCUACUAUAACCACAGUGCUGGAACAUCAUACACCUGUGUCGAUGGUGACCCAGAGACGUUACAAGGCGGUCAUAUCAACAAUAACGGUUACCUGUUCUAUCUCGUGGAGGCAAUUUGUGGCUCACUCAAGUGUCCGCCUUACGUUAAUGGAAGAGAACUUGUCUGUGUUGUUUGUUCCUUAGAAAAAUGAAGAUUGUCAAAAUAAA